GGAAUUUUAUUUUCAAGGUAAAAGUAUAGAGGAUUUCAUCACGAAUGAACAAAACACACAAAAAAUAACAAUCAAAAGCAGGUAAAAAUUAACUUAAAAUGACAAACAGUUCUGUGUUUUUCUUUAUCGUUUAACCACACAUUUCUCCAGAUCAACACAUGAUAGGAAAGACCAGCCUGUCCAGUCAAUUGAUAUUAAAUGUACUGACUUUAGCUAAAUAAAUGUUUCAUGGGUUUGAGAGAAGAACUGUUUUUGUUUUGCCCUGUAGUUUCUGCUUCAAUGCACGCGCCAAGCAGGUUUUAUUCUGAAAACGUCUUCCAUAGUCUUCAUUUCCGUGACUUUACAUUUUGCACUGUAGCUCUGUUCUCUACCUCCUGUUACAGUGGACUCUUCGUGUAUCAUUCUCUGUCAAUAUGAUAUCAGGGUCUUUUUACGCGUUAAUAGCUGGAUUUUUAGGCGCAGGGGCGUCUCUGUCUGCUAAGCUAACCCUGGGAGCGGACUACCUCAGAGACAUGUGCGAGUCCGGACUCAGCUGGACCGAGACUCAGGGAACAGCUGCUCUCUGUGCCUGGGUGAGAUAAACUGUAGUAUAUUUGUUAACCCGUGUUAACAUCAGUGUCUCUGUCUCUGGUUUAGACCACACUCUAUUCACAAAGACCACGAUAAAGAUGGGAUCAGAUGUUCCUGUAAGAUUUGACCCACUUAAGAUCCAAACUUCAACUACACAAAACACUUUACAGCAUUUAUCAAGUUACAGUGAAGGAAGAACUUCCUUUAACAGGCAGAAACCUCGAGCACAACCAGACUGAUGUUAGAGAGCUGAGACUGAACUGUGUUUAGAGAGGAAGAUGGAGAAAUAGAGAGAUGGACAGAGGAGAGACCGAUAGAGAUGAAGAAAGAGAGAGCUGGACAGAGGAGAGACUGAUAGAGGGAGAUGGAGAAAGAAAGAGACUGAUAGAGGGAGAUGAAGAAAGAGAGAGAUGGAGAGAGGAGACUCAAUUACCACUUUCUCAUUAUGUCCCCUGUGUAUGUUUACAGCUCCACAUCCCUCUGCGGCUGCUGUGUGCUGGCCUACUGUUCACCUGUAAUGCCAUCAUGUGGACCUUCUUCUCUAAAGCUCUGCGGCACUGCUCCUCUUCAGCCAGAGCCACAGUCAUGACCACAGCAUCCAACUUCAUCUCCUCAGUAAGAGCUCUUCGUGUCCCAGAGAGGCGUAAACAUUCACCUGACAUUUCACUUUAAAUUGCAGUGCACUUGGAAAAAUUCAGGUGGAAGACUUAUUUAUUUAUUAUCUAUGACAUAUUAUUUGUUGCUGAGAGUCUGUUUGUGUGUCCAGGCCAUCCUGGGGAGGCUGAUUUUUGGAGAGACCCAUGCAGCUCUAUGGUGGGUGGGCAUCUCUCUCACUCUGUGUGGACUUCUGGUGCUUCAUGGAUCCUCACCUCAGUCCCUCCCACAAGAAGAGUGCAAGAAGGACACAUGAUGAAUGUUAGUCUCAACCUGAGCAUACAGCUGCUGUUAUUGAGCCACAGCCACACAAAGCUGUGGUCAGACUUAUGGGCAGAGAAUUAAUUCCUCAGGACUUUAAAAAGGAAAUGCUGCUCAGAGGGUUACACAUUGUCUCAAUAAUCUUCACUGUGUUUUUACAGUAAACUAUGUACAGUUUUUGCAUUUUGCCCUCUCAGGGAUGCUUUUAGGUAUUAUACCAGUUUUAGGGGUUAGUCUUACCAGGGACAGUCUUGUUCACAUUAUAAACAGGUGCACAAUUUAAAUACAGACACCAGCUGAGCAGGGAGAAGAAUAAAGAGGUACCAAAGGGCAACAGCACAAGAGCAAAUAUUUCCAGUAACCUGAUAUUUAAAAAUCAAAUACAGCUAACCUGCUGCCAUAAUGAUCUAUGACAGGUUUUCGCUAAAAAAAAAAAAAAAUCAACAGAAACUCAAAUAAAAGGCUGUGUAGAGUGAGAACAACUGGCCACAGGAACCAUUUACUUCCUGAAAAAAGAAUUCUGUGGAACUGAAAGCACUGUGUGGUAAAGUUUUGUGGAGCUAGAAGUGGACUAGUGAAGAUAAAGUGCACAACAUACAACUUGCUCACAUCAUAUCGAGGGGGAUGAGAAGAGCUAAAUGAGAUGUGGCCAAAGAAAAACUAUUUCCCAGUCAGAAUCAGAGACAGUUUUAUGAGAUGAGACUAAAAAUAACAACUCAAAGCUCCUGUGUGGAACUUUUAGCUUUUUAUCAGAUUUGUAGACAAAGUGGUCUUUGCUUAUCUUGUCAUUCAAAUGCAUGAAAUCAUCCUGCUGACUUUUGACAGUCAAAUAAUUUGUCUUUUUUCAUAACCAUCAAAACCUCCUCACAGAGUUCAGUUUGGCAAACCCAAAGUUGAUGUUUUGUUUUCUACCUUUGAACUAGAUUAAGAUGUGUUUACUCUGAACACACCAGAUUGACUGCAGUUAGGUUAUUGAUUAAAUUUACUGUAUUUCAAACUGUCCACAUUCAUCCUGGUGCGUCAAUACAAACCUCUAGGAUGAUUGGUGGAAAAGGAAGUAAGAGUAACAUAAUGUGACUGUUUAAAAGAAAUGCAUGGUGUAAUGUUUGAUCAAGUAUACAGGUCCUUGUGUUUUAAUAUACUGUAAACAAAAAGUCACUAAAUUUAGCUUUUAACAGAUAAACAGAGUAACAUGAUACUUAUGAGACUUAUGAGCCGGGAACAUCAGAUACAAUCUUUCUGCAAUAGAAGAAAAAAAAGUGUAUUUUAAAUGAUAAAUACCUUUUGUGAAAAACAUUUAACAGACGUCUUUGUAAAAAUAGAACUCACUUUUAAUCAUUUAGAGUCGUUAAGUACAGUUAUGAAAGAAUGCAUUUAUUUUAAGAUGUAAAAAUGAAACCCACACAAUGACACAAUGACAAAGUACUUUUAAGAUAACAUUGACAAUAAAAAAAUAACAUGAAAACCAGCACCUGUUCAUCAGUUUAAAGCCCUUAUCCAGAAACAUAUAGAGAAAAGUUCCCCAUGACGUCAGUAACCGUCACUUCAUCAUAUUCGUCAGAGCCACAAAGGUAAAAAUGGCAACUUCAUAUUAAGACUUAUAAACAGGAUGUAAGAGUGGUUAAAUAUAUGGUAUCAUACAAAUUGUUUCCCCCACACUCAAACGUCUUCUUGUCAGGACAAAUAAGGCACAGUGGGAAUCCUUCUGUUCAGAGAGCCAUCAAAAAGUGGUUAACAACAAACACUGCUCUUACUUGAGGUGUCUCACCUGUGCUACAGUUAGUGGUGUUUUUCUGAGACACUGUAAAAUCCAUCAUCUCCUCAACUCCAGUCACUUUGGUUUUUCCUACAGUCUCCCCAGCUCCUUCAGCUUGUUGGUAUUAAAACCAUUUCUUCAGUAAAUACUGCAUCUUUAGGAAACACAUGCAAAGUAGGCAAAGACAGUGAACAUCAUUUAUAGACCUUCAUGGAUUCUGUGCAACAGCUCAACAUUUAAAGGGUCCAAAAACAGGAUUUACAAAAUAUAAACCCACAGCCUUUGUGUGACUACACAGAGGCCAUGGUCUCUCUCUCUCUCUCUCUCACACACACACACACACACGCACACAACAGUAUCAGUGUGUUUGUUCUUUAUGUGCCAAUAUUCGAACUUCUCAUAAGAAACCCUUUGUCUUAGUGGCCACACAGUUUGUCCUGCAGAAAUUGUCUAAGUCUAAUAUUUACAGUGACCGACCCACUAACAAACUUAAUCAGAGUGGUUUCAUACUGAUUGAUGAGAUUCUGACAAUAUUUGAUCCAAGUCAACAACAGUUAGCAACACAGUAAGCAGUCGUUUUACUGCCCACUUAAGUCAGGAGCACAAGUGUCUGCUGUAAGGAGGUAUUAUACAUGUGCUACACCAAAGUCAUGGCUACUUGAAUUAUCUGCAAAAGUGUGAACACAGAAGUUCAGGUUUUUGGAGGUUGUGUGAGGUAUUUUCUAAAGUAAGUGUAUCAGCCACAGGGGUUGAUGAUCAGCUGUGUUCCUGUCAGCAGGAAGUAGCCAAAGAACCAAAAGGGUUCAGCUCGACCAUAAAAUAUAACUCAUUCGAACAAACUCCAGCCAAAACGUUACAGGGGGCACGCUUUUCAGUACCUUACACAUAAGUUCUCCUGCCUGCCCCCAGUGGUCAGCUCAUCCAGUCUGUAAUGUCAGAUAGGGGAGAGUGGGGUAAGAUGAGCCAUUUUUUAUGUUUCUGAUCACUACAUCGAGGCAAUCAUAGCUUUGUCUCUAACUAGUGUAUCUGCAUAUAUUUCAAGAUGUUGUGCAUCCCUGCAAACCAACAGAAUGAGUGUAAACAUAACUGUCUUGAUAAUAUAUUGUACUUACUUGUUUAUUUCUGUUGUUUAUCAGCUGAUGGUGUGGUGGUCUGUAGGGUGGGUGGGAGUGGGUGAGCAAGCUAUGUGCGUAUCUAUGUAUAUAUGUAUGUAUGUAUACAUAUAAGUAUCUAUAUAUCUAUGCAGUAUGUGUUUAUGUACUCUGUUUAUGUUUUCUGGGACGACCUUGAAAACAAGAUGGUGCAGCUUGAAAAUUGGAGAAAAUGGGUAAAAUAGUGGCAACAGCUAUGCAGACUGCAGCCCUAUGUGAGCCACUGGUCUCCUUUGAUUCAGGAAAGUCCAGAAAUGUUGUUGUUACCAAGUCCCACUAUUGAAAGCAAGUCAUGUAUUUCAUGGGACUGGACUAGCAGUUUACACACCUGUUGCACCAGGGCACUAGAGUCUACCUCAGCGCCCUGAAGAACAUGUAUGUGCCACACCCGAGAGUAAACAGCAAAGUGCAGAGCAAAAAAUAUUCAAAGCAGCAAGUUCACUUAACCCUUAGGUUUUCUCAUUUCUGUCACAAGACUCUGAGAGCUGACCCCUGUGUCCAAAACUCUUACCAUCAACAGGUACCCCUUCAACAAACCUGAAUGAACCCUCAAAGUGAAUGUCUUCUCACAGAUUCAGAGCCAUGUCACGUUAUCAUACAGUUUAGGGUUUGAGCACUGGUAUCAGAUCAGUAUUAAGUCAAGACUGACUCCUGGGGCAAACAGUAUAUCAUUGUGUGUAGGAUCAGUUCAUUACUGUUUCUAAAACUUUCAGCUCUGUCUGCAGCAGCAGGUAGUUGCCCUUUCUCAUAGAACUGAUCCAUAAUAAAGUUGUUUUCUUGAAGUUAUAUCUAUAAGAAA